GUCAUCAUUGACUUUGCUGUUGCUCUCUGACCUCGUUGACCACUCGAUCUAGUUCCGAUUUUGUUUUUGGGGUUUCCUUUUCUGCCUUGUCUCACCUAGGGAUGUUAACGGGGCCUCGCGGGGUCGGGGAUCCCUUCCCCAUCCCUGUCCCCGCGAAUCACGGGGACGGGAAUUCUCGCGAGGAUUUUUUACGAGAGGCAGAUUUUGCCUCCCGUCCCCGUUUCCCACGGGGAACGGGGAUUCCCGCGGGGAUCCCCAUUCGCCACCAAUUAACAUCAAAUAGCUCCAGCAACAGUAGCAAAGCAGAUGGCUUAGGCUGUUCGGUGGCAGUAGCGACAGCAGCAGCAGGCUCUGGUGGUGGUAGUAGCAGCAGCAGCAGCAGCAGCAGAUGGGUCCGGCAGCAGCAGCAGAUGGCUCCUACAACAGCAGCAGAGCAUAUGGCUUUGGCUGUUUAGCGGCAACAGCAGAUGG